CCAACCCAUGUGGAUUGAUGUAAUCCAUGCAUUGCUUACUAAGAAAAAUUAUUUUAACAAACAUAUUGCCUCUCGAAAAGUCUUUCUGUUAAGAUAAUGGGUAGGAGGCGACCGAGGCCAAAUAAAAACAGGAGAGAUGAGAAAGGAUACAAAGCCCAUGUGAAAGAGAAUAAGUUGUUUGAGAAAUAUUACAAAGAACUUGGUUUUGUACCAGAAGAGGAAUGGGAUGCCUUUAUGAAUGCUUUGAGGGAACCUCUUCCCAUAACAUUCAGGAUCACAAGCUUUGGUGGAGAAACAGAAGAGCUUAAGAAAUUAGUGAAGACGGAAUAUAUUGGCAAACUUUUAGAAGAGAAGUCAGAGAGCGAUAAACCAAAAGUGAUCUGUUUGCCUUGGUAUCCUGAUGAACUAGGAUGGCAAUUAAACUCUUCCAGACAAGAAGUUCGUAAAGAUGCAAGAUUUGAAAAAUUGAAGACUUUUCUUCUUCAAGAAACAGAGAGUGGCAGUAUCAGCAGACAGGAAGCGGUUUCUAUGAUUCCACCAAUGUUAAUGGCUGUCAAGUCACACCACAAGGUGUUGGACAUGUGUGCUGCUCCUGGCUCCAAAACUGCCCAGCUGAUUGAAUACCUUCACAACACACCUGACAACCAGAUACCAGAAGGGUAUGUUGUUGCAAAUGAUGUUGAUAACAAAAGAUGUUACUUGAUGACUCACCAGGUCAAGAGGUUAAACAGUCCUUGCUGUGCCAUCAUUAACCAUGAUGCCUCCUAUCUUCCCAAUCUCAGAUAUGGGGAUGGGCCGCGUGAGUUUGUGAAGUAUGACCGCAUCCUGUGUGAUGUACCAUGCAGUGGGGAUGGCACUCUCAGAAAAAACCAGGACAUCUGGUCAAAGUGGACCCCGAACCAAGGCAUCAAUUUACAUGGUAUUCAGGCCAAGAUCCUGAAGCGAGGUCUGGACCUGUUGGAGGUUGGAGGGCGCCUCGUGUAUUCGACGUGUUCCCUGAAUCCCGUGGAGGACGAGGCGGUGAUAGCCGGCAUGCUACAGAAGUGUGAAGGUACUGUGGAACUGGUGGAUGUGAGCGAGGAAAUCAAGAAUCUCAAGUACACCCCAGGCCUCUCUUACUGGAAGCUGAUGACAAAGGAUGGAAGUCAGUUUUUUGAUAGCUACGAGUCUGUCACAAACUACACACACUUCCAGCCCUCCAUGUUUGCUCCCAGCAAGGAGGAGAGCGAAAAGUUAAACCUUCACAGAUGCAUGAGAGUGCUACCACACCAACAGGACACAGGGGGAUUCUUUAUCGCCGUCCUGGUGAAGAAGGCAACAGUGCCAUGGCAACAGAAAAAAGAAGCCAAACUUUCAGAACAAAAGGAUAAAAGUGAAGCCAAUGGAGGGGAAGUAAAAGACAACAAAAUGGAGGAUGGUAACAACACAACGGAGCAGACGGCUAAGGAAGAUGAUGGAACCAAGAAAAGGCCAGCCGAGGAGGACGAGGACUUGAACCCCAAGCCAUCAAAGCAAGUGACCAGAAGAUUGCAUGGCUAUAAAGAAGAUCCUUAUAUCUUUAUGGAUGAAAAAGACCCCAUGUGGGAACCUAUCAGGAAUUUUUAUGGAAUUCCUGAGGACUUCCCACAGAAUCAGAUCAUGUACAGAGCAGAGAAUGGACAAAGAAGGACGCUCUAUUUUGUGUCCUCAGCCAUCAGGGAUCUAGUCCGCAGAAACAAUGACAGAUUCAAAUUCAUCAACCUGGGCGUCAAGAUAUUUGGGCGGAGUAAGUCUCCACUGGUACCAGACUGUGAUUACAGAAUUGCUCAAGAGGGUUUAGUGACGAUGAAGAGUAUGCUACAGAAGAGGGCUUUAGUUCUGUCCAGGGAGGACUUUAUCCUGGCCUUGACCAAAGAGAACCCACUGUUUAAAGAAUUCUCAGCUGAUGGCAUCUCCAAGUUCCAAGGCAUUGAUACAGGAAGUAUAGCUCUUCUUUAUAAAGGAUCAGCGAGUGGGAGUCGGCCGGCCUGUGACCUGGUGAUCUGUGGGUGGAGGGGGAAGACCUCACUCAGGGCCUUUAUCAACCACGGACUCAGAUUCCACUACCUCAGGCUCUUCAGUGAAAAACUGGCAGAAGAACUGGCAAUCCAGAUGGAGGAACGGAAACAACAGAAGAAAGAUAAGGAAAAAACAACAGAAGAGGAGGGAAAUGUAGAACUGGAUCCAGAAGAAAACACAGGGGUGGAUCAAACAGAUGUUGACUCUGAAAUGACGAGGGGUGAAAGGAUGGAGGAGGAUGAUGGAGAGACUGUUGAUGAUGUAGUGGAUGGUUUGGACAAUGACACUGGUGAUAGAUGUACAGAUGGACAAACAGAUGAAUGUGGCACUUGAGUGAAAGAAAGUCCUAGAUAUCUGGAUCCUGUCUUUGUAUGAAAAGAAAUCGUGGAAAGGAGAAGCUUUUAAAAAAAGAAAAACAAGAUGUGUGGUGUCAGAUCAAAUUUUAAGUGCUGUGAAUAUGCAUUGAAUUAGGAUGCUUCUUUCUGCACUUCAAGUUGUAAUGUAGAAGGAAUAUCUUUAUCACAAUCUUGAUGGAGGUCUAUUUAGGCAGCAGAUGACAGGGUGACACUAUAGAAGCCAGCCAAAGUGUUGAUGUACAAUAAGAAAUUUCAUCGCACACAGAUAUUCUAAUAAUGAGAUUCAUUUAACACAUUUAUGAAUUUGUCGUGAUAAGUAUUUCCACUUGCUUAAGCAAUUCAGAUCAUAUUCAAGCCGCAGUCUUUGAAAAUGUGUUGAAAGAUUACCUUCUAUUAAAUCUCCAAACAAG